AUGCAAUUGUACAAUGUCUUCGAAUUUCCAAUCGUGCGAGACCAGCUCAUCGCCAACACAAUCCUCGUCGCACUAGCCACUUUCUUGGUAAUAUUGCGUGGCGUCUCCCGACGAAUCCGAAAAGCCUAUCUAGGAUGGGACGAUGCAUUCUGCGUCGGGGGCUUAUUCCACACAUAUGGAAUGCUUGCAAUGCAAUUCCACUAUGCUCGUGUCGGGAUGCGACACCACAUCACCGAUAUACCCCCAGAGAAUGCUGUGUUGAUCGCAAAAAUGCUCAUGGUCUACCAGAUCGUCUACUAUAACGCCAUGGUUAUGGCUAAAUUCUCUUAUCUCGCUUUCUACCUGCGCAUCUUUGUGUCGUGGGAAUUUCGCAUCCUGACCCGUAUCUGUAUGGGCUGUGCAGGUGCAUACUGGACCGGGAGUAUGCUCCAGAUCUUCUUAAUCUGCACACCCUUCGAGAAGAACUGGAACCCGACUCUACCGGGCCAUUGUGCGAGUCAGAAUGUGGCGUUUUCGACGAUUGGAGCCUUCAACCUGUUCACCGAUGUGAUGAUCAUGGCGUUGCCUAUUCGUUUUGUCUGGAAAUUGCAGAUGUCUCUUGCGACCAAGUUAGCGUUGAUUGGAAUCUUUGGAUUGGGAAUCUUGUACGUUUUCUCCUUCUCUGUUUUCUCAGAUUCCCCGUCAAAAAGUUCUAACGAGCAUCACAGUAUCUCUUCCAUCACCAUCAUCCGCAUCCUUGUCCUCACCACAGUCGAUUUCACCGAUCUGUCGUACUCAAUGAUCUGGGCUGCCUUUUGGAGUGUCACGGAGCCUGCUCUUGCUAUUUCAAAUUCCUGCGCGCCCAUGCUUCGACCAAUUCUGAAGGCCGCUUUCCCGUCCUUGUUCUCCAGUGUCUGUGCUACGUACUCGACGCAGCCGUCAACGGGACCUUCCCUAAGCAAGAAUAGUACAGCGAAACGGACGUUUGGAAUGGACGAGACGGAUAGUGAAUUUCCGCUCACACAAUUGGAUCAGAUACCAGGAUCGGCGGAUGGAGGGUCGUUGAAUGAUCGAUCGCAGGAUGGUCGCUCGCACUAUACACCAUAUCAAAAUCCUAGGUCUAUUGUUGGGACUCCUAGAGGGUUGCCAUAG